GUUUUGUUAGUUUUGAACAAAAAUGGCGACCGGAAGUGACGAACCGCGGUCGAACGCGAUAAUAUCGAUGCCGUUCAACAACAGAUGGAAGGAGGGAAGUUUGGGGGAAAAUAACCCAAACUUCCGAGUUGAGAUUCGGAGUGGGGCUGGGGGGAAAAACCCCACCAGUGUAGCGAGGCGAAAUGCACGGGAACGACGAAGGAUUAAAAACGUGAAUUCAGCAUUCGACGAAUUGAGACAACAUGUGCCUAAUGGUGAAAGAAAUCGGAAGAAGAUUAGUAAGGUGGACACGUUACAAUCUGCUAUCGAAUAUAUUAAAGCAUUAGAAGAACUCGUGCGUAACCGGAAGUCCAAAAGUGACGUCAUCAAUAAAGAGAACGCUACAACGUCAUCGAACGCUAUGACGUCACAAAACGAUGACAUCAUGUUUGUAAAGGAAGCUGAAGUGACGUCACAGAAGAAAAAAGAUUCGAAAUCUCCGGUAGCGUUAACGGAGUCUAUGCUAAAGGCGUUUGACGUCAUGCUGCAAAAAUGUACGUCACAAUCGAAGACAAAAGAAGAUGAUGACGUCAUAAGGAUGGAUUCGACGAGCGACAGCGGUUUCUCCGAGAUCCUCUGUGAUGUCACAAGCGGCGGGGAAUCGAUGACGAAUUUGCCGCCAAAUAUUCCAGAAUCCCCGAUCUUACAAUCGAACAAUUGUGACGUCAGUUUUGAAUCGUUGCAGGGGUUUCCCCCAAGUUACAACCCCCAACGUUUUACCCCUUACCCCACGUACAUGGGUGAGUGGUCCCACAUGCCCCCUACCCCAGGAGAAUUCCCCCCAGUAGACCAAAUUACCCCAACCCUUCAACUUCCGGUUGGAUUUUCAAACGAUUUUCCCGCCAAUGACGCUGAUUGGUUAAACCACAAUCAUUUCUGAUCACCACGUGACCUUAACCGACCAAUCAUAGCCCUUCACUGCCUUGCUGCUUUAUGACAUCAUCAAUCCGCUUUGUGACUUAAUAAUUUUUAUUCGAAAUAAACUUCCAUUACCGCG